GGGGUGAGGGUGAACCUUCACGGCCCUACUGGCCCUCCGUCUUCAAGUGUUCGUGUGUGUGUGUCUCUCUCUCCCUCUCUCUUUUCUCUCUCCAUUCCCCUCAGUUAUUGGCGAUCUCCCCUCCGUCUCUCUCCUGGAUACAUCGCCUGGCGAACCCGGAAGGCGCAGCGACGCGCGCAGGCAGAAGGACCCUCGAGGCCAGCGAGCCCUUUCGUCCUCUGGCCGAGUCGAGGAGGACCCCGCCCCCCACCGCGCAGCGAGGCCGCACGACGCCGACUCCCCGACCCGACCUUCCUUGAUGGGCGUGAGGGGGGGGCGACCAGCGGUUCCCGGUGGAAGCAGGAGAAGACCGCGCUGUGUCCUAGGCUCCCGUCCCGCGCGCAGUCCCCGAAGGAGAUCGAUGGCGCCCCGGGGAACCAGGAGUAAGGUCGACUUCCACGCCGUUGCCUCGGAAGUGACGCCCGGCUCUCCCUCGACGCCCGCGAGGAUGUUGUAGCCGAGAAGCUCCUCUCGAGGACGACAGUGGAUGCCGCAGCCGCGAGCCGCAACCCAGCAUGAAGGUUGCCAUCCCAGGCAGAGCGAUCAAGAUGCCGGAGAACCUCGGACCCGGAGCGCCGGCGCAGCUGAGCCCGCUGGCCAGGACGGGCAAGAUCCCCUACAACAACAUCGAGAUGCGCCCCGCCAUCGACUACUUGAGUCUCGGCAGCGGCGGCCAUGGCCCCCUCCAGGCCCCCGACGACGCCAGCGCCAAGGAGUGGAGGAGGACGACUAAGCUCUACAAGAAGGACCUCAAGGCCAAGGGCAACAUCCGGCCCUCGACGGCCGUGCGGCGCCACGUCAAGAAGAUUUCCGAGGAGUUCACGAUGACGCAGACGAAGUACGAGAACUCCGUCAACACGACGUCCUCCUCGGCCUCCAAGGCGUCGGACGGGAAGGAGAAGUCGACGUCGAAGGCCGCCUCCUCUGCCUCGAUCUCGAACAAGAUUCCGCAGUCGAAGUUCCCCAAGAACGUCUUGUCGAAGAUCUCGUGCACGAAAUGCGACACGAUCACAGGCCGCAAGGCGCCCAUGGCCCCCCUGGUGAGCGCGGCCGUCGUCAGCUCGUCCAAGGCGCCCUCGAAGCCCGCGCCGAUACUUAAGUCGCAGAGCCACAAGGCCCACAGGGCGUCCGCCUCCAGUACGUCCCCCAAGAGAAUCAGAGACGCCUCCUCCUCCCCGCAGAAGAAGGCCUCCCUCAGCCCUCCCGGGUCCUCGCCGCGCCCGCGCCUCAAACACCCGCAUGGGCGUGGCAGCGGGGGCGUGGGGAGCCUCGAGGUGAGUCUGGCGCCCACGAACCCCAGCGUGCCAAAGUCGCCCGGGAAGAAGAGGGAAGGGGCGGGCGUGUCGCCGCGGUCGCAGCAGGUCUCCUUCGAGCAGAUUAAGAAGGCGAAGCUGUUCACGGAAAAGGCCAUUAUGGAGGGCCGUGUCUUCUCCAUCUUCGGGUAUUUCCCUGCCAUCAAGGACGCCCUGAAAAGGCGCGGGUGGGUAGAGAAAAUACAGCACUCGGUCCCCUACGUUAAUCCCCACCCGAACAACUGCGUCUGUCCUCACGUCGGCUACCAGUCCGUCUUUAUCAGCCCCCCGCCCCUCACGCCCCCUUCGACCACUGCCGCCACCUCUCCCGCAACCACUGCAACCUCUUCCACCACCACCACCACCUCCAGCAGCAGCGCCUCCAUAGCAUCGGGAGGCGAUCAGAACGGCCCUUCGUCGGCGAGCGAGUCGGCCACGUCCUCGCCUGACGCUCCGUGCACGGGCGAGGGCACCGCGGAGGCCGAGGCGCAGCUGAACCGUGACACAGCGGAAAGUCCGAGUUUAGCAGAGUCCGAGACGCCCUCCGACACAGCUCCUCAGCCUCCGCCUUCCUCACUCGCUUCCUCAUUCUCAUCCUCCUCGUGUAGGUCGUCGUCCCCCUCAUCUCCCACUUCAUCAUCAUCCGUUUUAGAGUUAGUCGAGAGACCACAGACCAAGACCACUGCCAAUCUAGGUUCUUCCAGCGUAGAGAAUGUAGCGCCCGCAGCCAACGACGCAGCCAAAGCUCCCAGCCCUAGCGAGAGUAGCCCCCAGUCUCUCCUCGCCGGGGAGUCGGAGAGUCGAAACACCUCUCCGAACCAGAGUCAGGCGAGCGACGAGUCUUCCAGUGUUCCAGGAGAGUCGAGACGGGGUUCGAAGCCUCUCGAUUUCUUUCCCGAUAACGAAAUCAACACUGCCAUACUCGGCCCUUCCGAAAUACGCAAGGGACUGAAGGAAUGCAUCACCGAGAAGAAUUCCGCGCUGUUCAAGUACAGUACAACCAGCAUCUUGAAGAAACUCAAGAGCAAGAGCGAGGAGGCGAACAAGGCCAAGACACAGGGCGCCGGCGAGAACGACCAACAGGACAAAGAGGAAGACAACGAAGAAAAGAAGGAAGAAGGCAAAGAGGACGAGAAUCCACCCGAAGACAAAGAGGAACCCAAGGAGGUCGAACCCGCGCCCGAGCCCUACAACCCUUACGUGGAGUACCAGCUGAGCAACACGACCUGCCCCUCGUCGCCCGCCUCCUCAGGAACGUCGAGCCUAAUCUCCUCUGGACGUGGACCAGAGACUCCAUUUCCUUCAAGCACCUCAGCAGGGAACAGCUCGUCAACCGCUUCCCCAACACGCCCUUCACCACCAAGUACGGCCUCUGCGGGACCCUCCAGCAACUCCACUGGUUCAGCGAGGCGGCCGGAGUGGAUACCUUCGUCCCGCGCGGCUACUGCAUCGGACACGAGGACGAAGCGAACCGCCUUCAUCCACGACUACAGGACGACUGCUUGCCUCAACGUUCUCAAGUGGGUUACCGAGAGACACGACACGCUCGGUCCUCACGCCGUGGCCGACGCGCAUGGUGAGGUCAACUCGAAGCGGGUGAGACAAGCGCUCGCCCACGUGGAGCAAUAUAUCCAAUCGUGUUGCCAUGACGACCUCGACUCACCCCCGCCCACGACGCUGCGGGAUCAUGAAUGGGAUGGACUCCUCGCCGCCCACUACAGAAUCGUGCACAUGGACAAGAAGAUUAAGAUUUCGUCGCAGUCUCAGUUGCAGACCCUAGUAAAGGAAUGCGAAUCGGCCCUCCGUCGCGUCGAGCCCUUCUGGCCGCAGCUCGCGAUGGACGGCCUGAGGAACCUGUGGAUAGUGAAACCAGGGGCGCAGUCCAGAGGGAGAGGGAUCUUCAUGAUGAACCACCUGGAGGAGAUCCUGUCGCUGGUGCAGUCGCCGCUCAUUUACGAGACCAAGUACGUCGUGCAGAAGUACAUAGAACGGCCUCUCUUGAUCCACAACACAAAAUUCGACAUCAGACAGUGGUUCAUGAUCACGGAUUGGAAUCCCUUGCACGUCUGGGUUUACAAAGAAUGCUACCUUCGCUUCUGCUCGCAACAGUACGACCUCACCAACAACAACGAAGCGAUCCAUUUGAGCAACAAUGCCAUUCAGUGCAAGUACCUGAAUGGCGAACGAAGCGGGGAGUUGCCGGAUGAAAACAUGUGGGACUGUUAUCAGUUCAAGGAGUAUCUCAGAAGUCUAAAAAAGGAGAAAUUCUGGGACGAGGUGAUUUAUCCCGGAAUGCGCGACGCUCUCGUGGCGGCCAUGUUGGCUGCGCAGGUCGAGAUGGACACGUUCAAGCACGGAUUCGAACUCUUUGGCGCCGACUUCAUGCUCACGGAGGAUUUGAGACCUUGGCUCAUCGAGAUCAACUCAUCCCCGUGUAUGGCGUCCACCACCAGCGUCACGAAGAGAAUGUGUGCACAGUGUCUGCAGGAUGUUAUUAAAGUCGUGGUGGAUUACAAGCACAACAAAACGGCAGACACAGGGCAGUUCGAGCUGGCAUACAGGGACAGCGAGCGAUCAGUGCCAAACCCACCUUACCUUGGAGUCAAUCUGCAGGUGGUAGGUCGCCAGAUCAAGAAGGGCCCCGUGAAGGUCGAGAAGCGGAAGCCGAAGAAGGUGCGUCCGGCGGAGCGUCUGGUGAAGCCGUUGCCUCUCAUCACGCUGUCCCUGGAGGAGGGCGCGCAUUACGGCCCCCGCGAACACGCCCUUCCGCAUCACCACCCCCACCCGCGGGAGACUCCGGGGGCGUUCGCAAGGCGCUGCUACCUACUCGACUGCCGGAGAUACGCGGCCGGAGGCGCGGGAGGCUCGGCGACGCCCGGCGGCCCCGGGGGCGCCCCCGUCCUCGCGCCGAUUGCGUCCGAAGAGGAGCCGGGCGAGCGGGGCACGAGCGCCGACAGCUCCGUGUCGGUCAUCGUCAACUGCGAGACUCCGCCUCCUGCGCCAGUGCCACCGCCGCUCCCGCCCGACGAGGACGGGCGGCGGGCGGCGAGGGAGAAGGGCGAGGACAGCGCCGCCGAGGACGCGUCGGCCGAGGGAUCCAGCUCCUCCUGGAGCUCCAUAUCCAGGUCCGAGAGCGAAGCCACGACCGCCUCGCGACCCAGCUCUUGCGACUCGUGACCUGCCCCGACGUAGGUCCGAGUUCGGCGGAAGCUGUCGGGAAUUGUCGGGAGACGUCGGAGGCUGUAGGCAUUCGUCGGGGAUUGUCAAGGACUGUCGGGGUUCGUCGGAGAUUGUCGGGAUUGG